CGUGCUGCCUUAGGACCAAAUGUUACCAAAAUUACUCUAGAAUGUUUUAUUGCAUGGAAGAGAAGAAAAAGACAAGAAAAAAUUGAUAAGGCUGAACAAGAUAUGGAGAGGAGGAAAGCUGAUUUUAAAGCUGGCAAAGCAUUGGUGAUUAGUGGACGUGAAGUAUUUGAAUUCCGACCAGAGCUGGUUGAUGCAGAUGAUGAAGAAGCAGAUGACACCCAUUAUAUUCAAGGAACAGGAGAAGAUGAUGAGAUGGAAGACCCCAUGUGCAUAAAUGAUGUGGAUUUGAACCUCUAUGUCCCAAAGGCUGUAGAUGAGACUGGUAUUACUGUGGCUAGUCCUGAGCGAUUCAGCACAUACAGUUCAGUAGAAAAAGAUGAGAAUAAAUUAAGUGAAGCUUCUGGUGGCGAUAUAAACAGCUGUGAGCAAAACGAUUUAGAGGAAGAUAAUGAUGGAGAUGGGGAGUUGGAAAAUGGAGCAAUUGAUGCAGUUCCCGUUGAUGAAAACCUUUUUACUGGAGAGGACUUGGAUGAACUAGAAGAAGAACUAAACACUCUUGAUCUAGAAGAAUGAAUUAAAAAGCUUAAGUGAGGAAUUUCUGUGACAAAAUG